AUGUCGAUCCACGACCCCUCGGCCGGCCACCUCUCGUCCGCCUCGUCGAGUGCUCCUCCUCCCGCCGUCACCGUCCAGAGCGAGGUGCGCCGCCUGACCCACCUCCGCGCCAACCUCGACGCUCAGCUCGAUGUCUACUUUGACGUCCUCAAGACGAACAACGUCGACAUGCACGCCCCACUCGUCGACAACGACGGCUUCCCUCGCUCCGACAUCGACGUCGCAGGCGUCCGCACCGCCCGCGUCAGCAUCAUCCGCCUCCGCAACGACCUCAAGGACGUCCACCGCGACAUGGAGCACGUCGUCCUGCGCGGCCUCCCUCGAGCCGACGACCCGCCGCACGACAACGAGACGAGUGCGCGAGACGGCACGCGCAUGGGCGGCCUCGAGACUGUCGAGGGCGACAAGCCGUUCGCCAAGGUCGACGCCGUCGCUCCCAGCUCGCCAGCAGACUCGGCCGGCAUGAAGCGCGACGACCUCCUCGUCUCGCUCGGCGCCGUCUCGACCUCGAACCCCGACACGUUGCGCGCCGUCGCUGCCCUCGUCGGCCGGUCCGAGGGGACGGCCCUCCCCGUCGUCGUCACGCGCAACGGCGGCAGGCUCAACCUCGUCUUGACGCCGAGGAGCGGCUGGGGCGGGAGGGGCCUGCUCGGGUGCCACAUCGUCCCUUACACGCCCUGACGGGCGCGUCUCGGCACUUUCCUCAGCCGCCUCGCUUCGCCUCCCUCGUCCCGCCCUUUUUUGUCCGAGAACUCCCUCUGUUGCUACAGUAGCCCCUCCUGCCUGCCGCACUGCACUGCAGCCGCUUUCAGGUC